AUGGUUUUGUCGAUUUCAAACGGCGAAUGGGCUCGAGGUCUGCUGAUUUUGCUCCUCCGUCGGCGAUUAGUGCUUAAGACUGAAGAAGUAGAAGCAAUUGACUCGUUAACAGGAAGCAAUACAUUUGAAGCAAAAUCAUUAAGCCAACCUGGGGUUUUCUUAAUCCUAGCACUUUGCCUUGGAACAUUGACAGAGGAUGAGUUUAUAGGAGGAACAUUGACAGAGGAUGAGUUUACAGGAGGAGUAUUGACAGAGGAUGAGAUAGGUGAUGAGAAAUUUGGUAUAUCAGAAUUGGAGACAAGUGAAUUAUUUGUGUCUAGAGUGAGAGGAAUGAUAGCAUCAUUAUACGAGCAAUGCAGCAAAGAGUUUCAGAAGCUGAGUCCUUGUCUCCCCUUCGCCACCGCCAAGGCGGCGGCGCCGAGCAAAGACUGCUGCGAUAUGGAAGCGAGUAUAAGGGAUAGCCACCCAGCAUGUUUAUGCUAUAUCAUACAGCGGAUUCAUAAUGGAAGCAAUCCUGAGAUAAAGAACUUGGGAGUCCAAGAAGCUCGUUUGCUUCAGUUGCCUUCUGCUUGUAAAUUGGCCAACUCUAGCAUCAGUGAAUGCCCAAAACUCCUAGGUCUACCUCCAAAUUCUCCAGGAGCUGCCAUCUUCACCAAUUCUUCAAAUGGGACAUCAUCACCAGCAACCUCGGAUUCUUCGAAUGGAUUCACCGUAGUUGGAUUCUAA